CCCUAUCAAUAUCGAGAAGAAAUGACGGAUCACAUACCCAUCGUGGAUUUUAGUGCAUUUAGCAUCGACAAAGAACCAAGACCGGACGUCAAUAGCGCUGAAGUACAGCAGUUGGCCAAAGAGAUUUAUUCUGCGUUUAGUACAGUKGGUUUUGUGUACCUCAAAAACCACGGGAUCUCUGCUCAAGAGUUUAGUACAGUGGGUUUUGUGUACCUCAAAAACCAUGGCAUCACCUUGGAUAAGGUGGAUCAAGUAUUAUCAAAGACUGACUCCUUCUUUGGUCUYAGUAAAGACAUCAAGUCACGUUAUCGUAUUAAUCUGAAAGGCGACUCGCCUUAUGGAUGGGAUGAGCUGGARAGACAAACUGUUAACCCAGAACGACCUCCAGAUCUCAAGGAGUCUUUUGACAUUGCAUCUGCAGCUCUGGAAAACAAAUCACUGAUUUGGCCAGAUGAUGUGCUGCCCAACUUCAAGCAUACCAUCGUUGAUUUCCACAUGACCUGUCAGACUUUAGGGAUGAGAGUGCUUGAAAUCUUAGCGAUUGGAUUAAAUCAGGAACCUGAUGUUUUUACAAGAACUUAUAAAUUGAUGGGAAAGCGAGGAGGGGGAACACAGCUCCGUUUUAACUAUUUCCCCAGAAUAUCUAAUAAUAUCCAAGUUAAACCUAAUCAAAUACGCUUUGGAGAGCAUACUGACUACGGAGCAAUUACUCUCCUUUUUCAAGACAACGCUGGCGGACUUGAGGUGGGUACAGUAGACGGUAAAUAUGUACCAGCCACACCCAUCCCUGGUACAAUACUGGUUAUUACUGGAGAGUUGAUGCAAAGAUGGACAUCAGACAAACUAAAGCCAACCGUAAGUCAUAAAGAUGUACUUUCCAAGAGUGAUGACUUUUUUAGUUUGAAUAAAAACGUAAAAAUAAGAUACCAGAAAAAGCAAGGCGAUUCUCACUAUGGAUGGGAUCAAAUGGAAAGAGAAAGAACAAAUCUAGACAGGCCAGCAGAUCUAAAGGAAUCCUUUGAUUUUGCAGUACCAGAUAGUAAAGAYGCGAUUUGGCCAGAUGAUGAAGUGGCACCAAAUUUCAAAACAACUUUGUCAAGUUUCAGAUUGAAAUUUUGUCAUCUUGGAAUGCGAGUCCUGUCGGCCAUUGGCAUUGGACUGAAAAAGGAUCCUGAUUUAUUUCUUCCAUUUUAUAAACUUGUUGGSACAAAAGAUAAUCAUUCUCGGCUUCGUAUCAACUACUACCCAAAGAUAACUGAYAAYMUUGUUAUCAAACCUGGACAAAUUCGCUGUGGAGAGCACACUGAUUAUGGUGGUAUUACCCUCUUAAUACAGGAUGAAGCAGGGGGCCUUGAAGUGGGUACAGUAGAAGGCAAAUAUGUACCAGCCACACCCAUCCCAGGGACGRUACUCAUAAACAUUGGCGAUUUGAUGCAAAGAUGGACGUCAGACAAACUUAAGUCUACUCCACACCGUGUUCUCAUUCCUGAGGAUGAAAUCAAGAGAGGAAAGCCACGUCGUUCGAUAGUGUUGUUCUUUGAUCCUGACAGAGAAGCAUUGAUAACAUGCUUGGAUGGCUCCAACAAAUACCCGCCUGUUAUAUCGGACGUCUACGUAAUGGAUAGACUAAAAAAAACUUACGAAUUUUAAGUCCUGACAGGUACAGAGAAAUGUAGUUAAAACAUGAUUGCUGAAUCUAUUCAUCACCAUCAUUUACGUUGUCAGCUUGUUCAUCGUUGUUGUCAUCGUUGUUACCAUCACUGUCACUGCCAGUACCACGCGGGCUGCUUAUUAGAGUGCUUUGUGAUCCCGUUUUCAUGGUGACCAACAAAUAAGAUCCUCUCAUAACGACAUCAGACUUUUUCUUAGUUCACAAGCAAUGUACAUUAUUGUGUCAUUGAAAAUAUAUUCCGCUAAAAAAUACAUUUAUUAAAACGAAAUUAAGCUGGGAUAAUUAAAUGAAAAGCAUGCAAUAAAUGUGAUUUUCAGUUGUAAA